AUGUUUCAUAAUUUCUGUUUGGCACAUAUCUUUAGUUUAGUAGAAAUUGAAUCAGAAAUUGUAGCCAAUGAAGAAAUCAAAUCCCUAAAAAAUUUAAAAGAAAUAUUUGAAGAUCCAAAUAAAAAAAUAUAUUUGGAAGUAACCAUUAGCCUUAUUAAAUUUAAUUCUUCAAGAAAUAAACCAGUAGCUGCUACACAUUCAGAAGUAACAAAUACAAUGCUUCUUUCAGGUUGCAACCAACCACCUUUAAACAAUGAAGUUUUGGGGAUAAUUAAUGAUUAUUAUUUGGAUUUGGAUUAUUAUAUUGCCAUUUUUAAAGAAGCAUUUAAAUUAUCAUUGGACAAAUUUAAAAAACAUAUUGAAAAUCAUCCAGUGGUUCCUUUGUUUAAAGCAAUCAAAUUUCAAUUAUCAUGCCCUUCAACAUAA